AUGGGUAUCAGGGAUGUAUCUAAUUGGCCUGAAUAUGUCUUUCUGAUCGCACCCUCGGCAAAAAAACUCUGGGGCGUUGACGAAGGUGGCUCCAAGGAUGAAGGAGGUGUCAAAGGUGGCGGGAUACUUCAUCUGGGUGAUCAUCAUCAAAUGUGGCGAGAUUCAACUUGGAGCACGCCAGAUCAUGCAGUAUCACAGCCAAUUUCGAUGGCAACCGGAAGGCGAGUUAGUGUGGGAACCGGUUAUCAUCAUCAAACAUCAGAAGUUGGAGCUGUACUUAGCCCGAGAAGCAGUGAAACGGGUGGUCUUGGUGUCAAAAUGGUUGAAUAUGUUCUUGGAUCUAGUCCAACUACACCAAAGGAUUUGGAAUCCCGAAUGAGUGCACUCAGAUUGAACGCAGAUAAUGACAAAAAAGAUAAAGAUAAAGGAUCAGCUAGUCCUUUUGAUGGCUCUAAAGAUGAUAAUGUUCCACAGGGAAAUGGGCUUGUAGAAAAUAUUGUACAUCGAACUCCCGGAAGUAGACAACCAUCACCAGGUGAAGAAGAAUUUCAAAAGAAUGCUGCAGCAACACUAGCCGUGAGUGCAGGUGGUGGUGUUGUUUUAUUGAAACCAGGUGUUGAUGUUGUUGGUAGCGAAGAACACUUUAUGGCAGCAUUUGCACCCGCACCACCACAUCAUCUUCAACAUCAUCAAGCACCGCCAACUCAUCAUCUCCAACAUCCUCAUUCACACGCAGCCCAGCUUUUUGGUGCACAAGGGCCUUUACCUCCCCAAGGACCGCCUCCAAAUCAACAGCAACAACAACAAGGUCCUCCACAGCCACAAGAUACAACAACACACUUUGAUGUUCAGUGCCUACUUCCUGUUGCAUUAAAAAUACACAAAUGGUGCCAUAAUUCUUCGUUAUUUUUAUCUUCUCACCAAAAUUAUAUAACAAAUACA